AUGACGGACCAGAACGGUCGCAUCGGCGAGACAGGCCUUCACCAUCUCCCGCUCAGGGUGCGAGAAGCGCAAGGACGCCAUAAUGACGGCGCCGUCUCCAAGUUCCCCAACCUUAGGAGCGACACGCGAGUAGCCAAGCGACUCCCCGAGAGUCUUCACUUUACGCCCGGCGCAUUUCGUCUUCGUUCGCCUACAGAGUCUUCUAUGAGUAGCAUCUCAUCCGCCAACGUCCCAGACUCUGCCACGACGCAUUCGCUGUCAACUCUCGCCAGUCCCAUCAGCACCACCUACGCUAGUUCAAUUCACGAGCAGUUUGCUGCCACGACACUCGACGGCUCAAGGCCCACCAGUCGCAUUUGUCAUCGCCACAAUCCUUCCAGCGGCACAUGCUCGACUUUUGUCAAUGACGAGGAUGACGGCGCCAUUGUCACCGGCUACCCCGAUCAGUUUGAGCUCAAGAUCCGCAAUCUGCAUGAGGAUCAGAGGCCUGCCAUCAUUCAAGAGCCUCCUGCACCUGUAAGCCCUCUCACAGAGUCGCCAGUCAAGCAGGAGAGGGUUUUGACCCCGACCUCAUCGCGUGACUCGGAAGAGCCGGAUUGCAAUGCCGACGAGGAAGGGUCUGAGACGGCGGAAGAAGAGGUCUCGCCGGAGGACGCCAAUCUCGUUCUCAAUUACACCCUUCAACUCAUCUACGGGGUCGAUCUCAGUGAGGCAUCAAUAUCUCCAGACAAGGUCCAGAGCCUCGUCGCCAAUUUCGCCCAAGACAUUAGUCAGCACAUCUGGCAGUCAGCAUCUGAUGGCCAACUAUCCCACACCUUGUCGACUUCGAGCUCAUCGUCGUCGACGCCAUCCCAGGAGGGCGGACGAGGCGGUAAGCGGAAGAAGCAGGUUAGGCGUGAAGAUGAAGGAGAUGAGUUUAGCGACGGCGACGGCUCGGGAUAUCUGCCGACCAAGCGUGUUCGACCAAACCCUAAGGAGGACGAGAAUCUCCGCCUGAGCUGCCCGUUCAGGAAGCGCAAUCCGCAUCGUUUCAAUGUGAGGGAUCAUCACAGCUGCGCCAUGACAUAUUUCCCCAAGUUUGCAGAGCUCAGACAGCACAUCGUCAAGCAACACAAGCGGGAUGACCCUUCAUCCUACGUGUGCGACCGAUGCAACCGCGACUUUGUGACGAGAAAGGAACUGCGAGAUCACCAACGACUGCCUAAGGAGCUGAUGUGUGAUAUUGCGGAUCAUGACGCUGAGAGCGGCAUUGAUCCUAGCACGGCUACCAAGCUGCUGAGCCGAAAGCGAGCGAGCGGUACCUCUCCUGACGUUCAAUGGAAGGAAAUCUGGAACAUUGUGUUCCCGGACGACGAGGACAAAGCCAUCCAGCCCUAUGAAUACACACCUGUGAUUGAGCACUUUGAGCUCGCCGCCAACUACGAACAGGCCUUUGUUCAGCUCACGAACUCGCUCCACAACUUGAUCUCGAACAAACAAACCCUCGACACCCUCUCGACAAAAUUCUUCCAAUGCUUCAUGGAGACUCUUGACCAAUGCAUCACAAACGCGCAGAGCAUGCCCUAUACCAACCGCAGCAACAAGAAGAACGAGAUUGUUCGGUCGCAGGUCGCGCAAGCAGUCGUCCAGCGGAAGGGCCGCGGUAUCCUACCUCGACCAGACUCUGGAGUGGUCAUGGAUGACGGGUCCGAGGAGAGCGGCAGUAUGAUGGGAACUGGACUCAACCAUAGGGACAGUGUACGGACUGUUCGCGGUGUUGUGAGGAGGGGAAGCAGCCAAAUCCCCGAGACGGUGCGCGAGGUCCUCCCUACAACGACAACUCUAUCGGGCGGCCUUGACGACUUGGUGCGUCAACCCUCCAUGACGCCAAUGGGCAUGCCAACAACGAUGGCCCCAGCAGAUGUCCACGCCUGGAACAAUAGCGUGCUCUACUCACAAGUCGGCGAUGGCACCAUCCUGCCGGACCAAUUCAUGCCGACGGGUGGUUUGACGCCGCAAACCGAGUAUAUGAACAUGAACUGGGCGACGCAGAUGUACCAGCUGCAGCCAGGUUUUGACGGGAUGGGUGAUGGGUUUACGGGAUUUAAUGGACAGCAGCAAUGA